UCGAUGAAUUGGGAUGGCCAAAGGGACUGGAGAACUCCAGUCGCUGCGAUCGUGCCAGUGCAUGCACGGUGGGGGCGGCCCCCAGCUUACUCCGAGUCCCCUCUCUCCCGUCUCCCAUCAUGAGACCGAAUACGAAAUCGCCUCAGGCGAAGCGGCCGCAUUCGGCUCGCCCCAAGUACGAGCCAGGGAAAGCCAGCUCUCCUAAGAGUCUAGCAAAGGCUCCAGCUCGAAGCCGCACACAAGAAGGUGAGUGCGAAAGCAACACAGGCAAGAGAGAUGGACGCUCUUCCUCUGUUUGCCUUUCCUAUGGCUGCAGCGCCGAAAUCAUCGACCAGUCGUCCACUCAUUGCCAGGCAGAAGUCCGCCACGGGCAGCCGGCAGACUUCUCUCGCUUCGCAUGUGUCCCUCGCCAUCUCCGAGGCGUCAGCUGCUCUCUUGCAAGCCAACACCGCAGCUAAGUCGCCAGUGAAAAGGAAGGAGUCGCUUUCUGGCGAGAAAAAGAAGGGCGCGAGCCGGUCAUCCUCCAAGCAGUCCCUCAGUCGUUCAGGGUCGCUGUCCCCUCGUCUGUUGGAGAGGCGGGAAGAGGCGAUUCGAGUCAGCGUGCGACUUAGACCCCUGAUGGACACCGAAGUAAGGACAGAACAGGAGAGCAUGACUCUUGUCCGAUGGAAUAACUUCCCCUUUUCCCAGCUUCGGUCUGGCCAUCAUUACAUCUGGCGUGUCUCUGAUGGCCAAUUGUGGGUCGAGGGAGGCACUCCGGACAUCCCCAAGUCGGUGUCAGAUCGGGUCAAGGGCGUGCAGUUUGGAUUUGAUCACACUUUCGAGGGCGAUGCGGCGACAUCGGAUGUCUACAAAAAAGUGGCGAAAGGCAUCGUCCAUGACGCCAUUAGAGGUUAGUCAGUUAGCUAAAGGGGUCAGCCAGCACUGCAAAAUGUAUGUUGGAAUCAUUGCCUGCCUGCCUGUCUGCCUGCAGGUAUCAACGGGUGCGUGCUGGCAUACGGCCAGACGGGAGCGGGUAAAACAUACAGGUACCAAAAGCUGUACACCCGAGACAUAGCAGAGCAUCCUUCUUUCGACUUGCAGCAUGUCUGGGGAUGCGUCACAUCCUGGAAUCAUCAGCUGGGCCGUACACGGUAGGACAAAAGGUGACGGCCAGGGAAUUCUCCACGGCCUCCCUGGCGUGUUCUGACUGUCAGAUGUGUUCAACAAGGUGCUGCCCAUCGAUGAGCGAUCGGGUCCUCGCCCCUUUGCUCCCACAAAGAAAAAAGCCAAGAGAGGCACGCCGACAGCGCACCGCAGGCCGUCACGGGACUCUCUUCCUCAUGUAAAAACCGCCGGGCACGCACCUCUCACAGGGUUCCACCUGUCUGCAGGAAUUUCUGCUUCGGAUGACGUAUCUGGAGAUCUAUAUGGAGAGGGUGCACGACCUGCUUCAAGACGGACAGGCCGGAGAGGAUUCGCCGCUUGAGAAUCUGCUGGUUAAAGAGGACCCGUCCAAGGGCUUCUACGUCGCUGGUCUGGCUGAGCGGCUCGUGUCGUCGGAAGGUGAAGUCUACGAGUGGCUUUCCAGGUACGGAAUGCUCUCAUUGCUGUGGGUAGGGGAACUUAAGAGGUGCACAUGGGGAUGUAUCUGUUACACUUUCACAGGGGCGAGCGUAAACGGCACUUUGCGCGAACUGACUUCAAUGAGGUGUCUUCGAGGUCUCAUGUCGUCUUCACGCUCAUCAUCGAGAACUCGCAGAGCUCUGCAGAGGAUGACGACGUCAAGACGACCCGCAUCGGCCGCCUCCACAUGGUCGAUCUCGCCGGCUCGGAGCCGUUUGGUGCCGCAAUCAGCGAAAAGGUGUGCUGUGGUGACAUGUGUCUCGCCUUCCUUCUGCAUGUCUGAUAUCGAUGUGUGUCGUCAGGCCCAGGCCGAAAGCAAGCUGAUCAACAAGAGUCUUUUCUUUCUAAGGUUGGUGGGUGAGUGGCGACAUGCCUUUCGCCGUGGGCCGUGUUCAUGAUGCAUUUUGUUUUCGAUAGUGAGGUGAUUUCGAAGCUUUCUGCGCGAGCCGAAGCCAGCGGGAAGGUGAGAAUAGACAUGCAGCUGGACUAGGCAAAGCCAUGUCUGUGUGUCUCGAUUGGAUUGGCAGGAUCUUGCCGACUCGUUCCACAUCCCAUUUCGAGAGUCCAAGCUGACCCGCAUACUGGCGUCGGCACUGGGAGGCCACUCCCGCUCCGCCCUUCUCGUCGCUCUGCACCCUAGCCACUGUACGCUCGCCACCUACACAAUCUUGUGAUGGAAACAUGGUUUCGCUGUCCUGGUCGGACUGGUUCAGGUUUUCUGGAUGAGUCGCUGAAGUCUUUGAGGUUCGCAGACAAGGCCAAGAAGAUCAAGAGCAGACUGCAGGCCAACUACGUGUCCUACGAGCAGUCCGUCAUCGCUCAGCAGAAACUCACCAUCGCAAAGUACACACAGAGACGUACGCCAUCGCGGAGCUCUGGAUAUGUGUGUCUUUGGCAGGCUUCGUGAAGAACUGCGUCUCCUCCAGAAAUCGCUGCAAUCUGUUCCCCGCUCCACAUCCCUUGACGAGGGCGACGAGUCCUCGCGAUUGAACACCAAAGUCGAAUUGGAAUACCUGCAGGUGCGCCAGGUUUUGUGUCCUCUCAACUCUCUCCCUCUCUCUCUCUCUCCCUGCGUGCCUCAGAGCCAGAUGGAGGCGAAGCUUGAGCGCAUGUCUCGGUUCAUUGUGGGACCCGACAUCCGUCACGAGAGACGGAGGGCGCUCGAUCUCUCACAGGCCACCAUCCAUUCGGGCAUGGGGGUCAGAAACUCUAUCAUCGUCGACCCUACAGUCGACGGGCUCUUCAGAAGGUCAGCAAUACAUAGAAAGCCGAUCAUUUUCUCAUGCGAUGUCCCAUGUUUGCACAGAGCCAGCCAAUUCACGAGAAGUCCUCUGACGGCUGAAGGUGUGCCUGAGGCGCAUGCGACGGCCAUACGUCUGCUCACUACCAUGAACCAGCGCUCCUCUUCGUUCGUCGAGGUGCAUUUGGGGACACGCGCGUCAAUGAACCAGCACCUUGCUCACUCUGUUUUCAUUCCAGAGCCAGAAAGAGCGGUUCCCUUCGCCGCCAGGCAUACUCGUGGAAGAGCAUUCUUCACCACUACGUGCUAACGAGGCUUCUGAGGACACCGAAGUAAUGGCAAUGAAUACAGAAAAUGCCCACCAACAGAUACAAGACGAGCUCUUGCAGACACACCAGCCAGCCGUCUCUCAUCGACCUGAAGCUGGUACGACGAACGAGCGAUCGAAGAUCGCCAACCACAUCGCUGCCUCUGUUGCAGAAACGGCUCAAGGCCAUCGUCCGUCUAUCACCUUUGCUGACGCCGAAGGGCCCGCGGACUUCCUUUCGUCUCAUUCAUCGCGCCGCGCCAUGUUCAGCGACAGGCUAUACAAGCGCCUCAGAACAAGACCGAAGAAGAGACUUUUCCGCAUGCUCAUCCAGCCAGCCGCCAGACCUGAGGCGCCGCCGCCAGCCGAUGACCCCGCCAUACUGCGAGCCCCUCUGAUUCCCCGCCCGCCCUAUCCGGCUGGCCCGCCCCCACCUUUGCCGUCCCUGCCGGCGCCACACGAAGUGUGGGGAAGGGGAGAGGGGGCACCAGUACGGAUGGGAGACGGCAGUGGCAGGAAACGGGUGGCGGAUGGGGAUGGUGGGUAUGAGGCAGAGACUAAUGAUGCGGAGGCCUCCCAGUGGCGCAAGGAGCUGAGAAAGCUCCGAAAGGUGAGAGCGCAGGACGCAUAUCGUUCUUUCUCCACCUAGUCUCUGUUUGUUGCAGGAGCAGAAGGCGACUCUUGAGUUGUUCCGCCAGUUUGGCACUGCAACAAGGGAGCAGAUGCAGGAGCUGCAAGGAGCCAUCAUCAGCAUCAAGGUAACCUCUCCAUCGCAGCGUUUUCGCUACCAUGUCGUGAUUUCGUGCAGGAGCGGAUCGACACAAGACAACCAGAUAGGACACAAGAAGAGCCCACAGCCGCUCGUCGACACGAAGACCAAGUGCUUCAGCCGUGCCCCUCCAUGCCAGCCAUGCGGACUGUGCAGGAGACGCCCGCCGACCUGAAGCAGGAGUCCGUGUCGGUGUGGGGCCCUGUCGUCAGAGCCGUUUCGCACGAGGGGGCAACAGUGGUCUUGGGCAGGCUCAGGUGAGCUCUGAACGGCACAGAAUACCGGUCCAUUGUGCACUGUGCUGAGUGCCUUUGAUUUGGUGAUACAGGCCGCUGGCCUGUCGUCCGCGGCAAUGCGCCCCAGUGCAGCGGUGCCAGAUGCCAUCUGUCGACGACGUACUCUGCCGCCGGUCAGACACUAUCGACUCAGACCCGCCCUCAAUACCAGAAGAGUCUGCCGCACAUCCGCUGACGACUUCGCCACCAAUGCGCGUCGGUAAUAUGGACAGAGGGAGGGGGUUUGGGGUGAGGGUGGGCAAGAUGAGACGAGCGUGCAGACGGACUGUGAAGAGAUCCUGUAUGUAGCGGGUUUGAAUGCUGUGCGUGUGAGAGCGUUAUUUUUCUGUGCCCGCACGUGUGUGGGUGUGUGUGGGGGUGGUGUCUCUGUGUGUGGUGUGUGGUCACUGGUGUGGGGUUGGUUACAUUGAGAGUGGAGGAGGCCUGCCUGUGGAUGUGUGUAUAUAGAGGAAAGGACGUUGUGUUGCUGCGCGGAUAGAAAAUUACACGUUGAAGUGAAUAUCAGCGUUUGUGUCUGUGUCUUCCGUGUGUCCACAUGCAUCAGCAGCUCUGUUCCAUGACACAGCCAGCCAGCCAUCAACCAUACAGACACACAGGAACAAACGAAUCACGGCUGAGGUGAAGUGAAAAACGAC